AUUCCUUCAUCAUCAGGGCAAAUAAUCCUUCAAGGUGCCCUAUUUACACCGUCGGAUAAUUCAAAUGCUCGAUGCAAGCUCGCGAUGAUGUGCCACCCCUGGUCCUGGCUCGGAGGAUCAAUGAACGAUCACGUGCUGCACCUUCUUACACCUGUUUUUCUUCGACAUUCUUUCACCGUUCUGCGAUUCAAUUCUCGCGGAGUGGGCGGCUCGACAGGCAGCGCGACGUUGCGUGGGGAGGGCGAGGUUGCCGAUCUGCAACAGGUCGUCCGAUGGGGUCUGGAGCAACUAGGUGGGGAAGCAGAAAGGGUGGUAUUGUUGGGUUAUUCCCACGGCUCCUUGAUAACCUCCCGUCAUUUACCGUUACCCGACAUUCCCACCUCCCACAUCUUAGUUUCCUACCCUAUCUCUGUUAUGCACUGGCUCACCCUCUUCUCACAAUCAAAGUACCGUGUCGCGCUGGAGCAACUAGUCAAGAGCAAGCAGGGUGAUGUGCUGACAGUAUACGGGGAUAGGGACAACUUCAGCGGCGAGGGCGUCCUUGAUAAAUGGGCUGGGGAACUACACAACGCGGUAAAAGCUGAGGGGAAUGAAGGAGGCAAGGUGAAGACGGAGAAGGUUCAUGGGGCGGACCAUUUCUGGGGUGGG